AUGGAUUCCUCCUGCUGGGACCUGCUGGGCACUUCCUCCUUCUUGAACUGUCUCCAGCUGCUAGGCAAGCUCCUGACCUAUUCAUGGCAGCAGUGGAGGCCGGGCCUGCCCCAGAAGGCCCAGCAGCAGCAGGUGAAGCCCUGUCAGCCACCCCCUGUCAGAUGUCAAGAAACAUGUGCACCACAAACCAACAAUCCAUGUGCUCCACAGCCCAAGAAACAAUGCCCACCCAAGGGCACAGUGAUCCCCACCCAGCACAAGUGUCCCAUGGCCCAGCAAGCCCCCAAGAAUAAACAGAAGUAA